CCUCUUGAAAUUCCUCUAGUCCAGUGUUGAAUUGCGUUCGUCGGAGAUGGCGAUGGAGAAUUUCAAGCAGUUCCUGUUCGCGCUGUCGGCCGCUGUAUCCGUUGGUUUUGUGUCGAUAAUUUUUGUUUUGAGAUGGGUCUUCUACUUCAAGGAAGGUUUAGCAUGGGAUGGAGGAUUUGCGGAAUUCAAUUGGCACCCGGUUUUAAUCGUUACCGGGUUCAUUUUUAUGCAGGGAAUUGCCAUUGUGGUGUAUAGGUUGCCAUGGACCUGGAAGUGCAGCAAGUUAAUGAUGAAGUUUAUUCAUGCUGGCUUAAACAUAUUGGCCUUCAUUUUCGCUGUCAUAUCUCUGGUAGCAGUAUUUGACUUCCACAAUGCACAAAUCAUCCCCAACAUGUAUAGCCUGCACAGCUGGGUGGGGCUAGCAGCAGUGAUACUAUAUUCACUACAGCUUGUUCUGGGAGUGUGUAUAUACUUGAUACCCAUCACCCCAAUAUACCUGAGAGCAGCAUUUAUGCCCCUGCACGUCUACAGUGGCCUGUUCAUCUUUGCCAGUGUCAUAGCCACAGCACUCAUGGGCAUCACAGAGAAGCUCAUUUUUGGCCUGAAAUAUCCCAAGUACAAGGACUCUCCCCCAGAGGCCAACUUUGUGAAUGUGCUGGGAGUAUUGAUAGUCGUUUUUGGCGCAAUAAUUCUCUGGAUCGCUACUCGCCCCUCUUGGAAACGCCCCAGUGAGCAGGUCCUGCGCUCCCUGCCAACUUACAGGGAUGGGUCAGCUGGCACCAAAAUGGGCACUGCCCUGUCACAACAAACUGACCCGAUUGACCCCGAAGGCAAUGGAGAUGCCAGGAGAAGGAGCGGUAAAUUGGAGGACUCAGGACAGGUCAACUGAGUAAUAUGAAAAACAACUUCUGGUUCUGUCUGUUUGUUGAUGCUUUAAAAAGUUGCAUGGAUCUACUGUUCUGGCAGUCCCAAAGCAAAUGUAAACCUUUGUAUUAACUAUUGUUCCAAAUAGCACCUUGAGGAAUUGUUCCCAACCAUUCCAGAAUGUUGACCUUUAAGCAGUUUUUUAUUUUGUAAUUUUUUACAAAUAAAUUACACAGCUCAAUUUGAUAUCAUUGAAUAGUGAUUUGAUAAAGGAUUAAACUAACCUAUUGAAGCAUAGAAAAAUAAUAAUAAAAUACAUAUUCUUUACAUUUGUAUAGCUUUUAUAACGAUUACAUACUGCAUUCUUCAGAGUUUUUAUUUUCAUUUAAGGGAGGAAUUACAGAACCAACACAUCUUUAGGGAAGGGAUGUGAGAGGUGAAUCCAUUAUAAUCCAAAUAUAUAAUGUCAUAUUACAUAUAGGCCUACCUAAAGGCAAUAAUAGGCAAACAAAGUUCCUCAUUACUUUGUUCAAUGCACUGUGUACCUGGGGUUUCAUACAGUGAGGAAUUCAUAAUUGCGGCAUAAAAUUAAAGCAUAUUUUACAAAUGA